AUUUCUAUAAAUUUAAUUAUAUUUAUUAGUAUUAACAUUCACAUAACCUUCAUAAAAAUUUACAUAUAUCUAUGUUUACGAUGCCAAACGAGUAGUGUUUGGUCAAAGUACCGAGUAAAAUAAUUUUAUGGUUUAUGAUUUGUAAAAUAAAAAAAAAACAUUGAUUUUAUCAAUAUAUUUCAAAAAUAAUAAUUAAGAUUAAAAAUAAUAAAUGAAUGAUACUUUUUUGUGCUAUUAUUGUACAGAUAUCGUUCAAAGUUAGCUUUCGCAGUUUUUCAAGAAAAUUUCAGAUUUCAACGAACAUUCCGAAAAAAUGGAUGUAGAAAAAGUCGCUGUGUUUGCCAGUAUAGGAUUUGCAAUAGCUAUUGCAAUAUUUGUUUUAUGGGGUCCAUCUCCCAAACCUAGAAAAAAAGGAAAAGUUAUUGGAAUCAAUAAUUUAGGAUAUACUUGUUUUUUGAAUUCUCUUUUACAAGCUUUAGCUGCAUGUCCAAUAUUUAUUGGAUGGUUAAAGAAACAGUAUGAUAAAAAUGGAAAAGUUAAUUUCAUUUCAACUCUACUGUCUGUUUUUGAAAAAAUCAAUGGAUAUGCAGAAGAUUUAUAUGGUGAUGUGACACCAAUCGAGAUUAUUUCGUCUCUUGGUAAUCAAUGGAAAUUUGCACCUGGACAUCAAGAUGUACAUGAAUUAUUCAUAUAGUUCUUAAUGCACUACAAGCAGAAAUUCAAUCUGGAAAUAGG